AUGUUUGGAGGUAACAAACCAGGAGGCUUUUCCUUUGGUGCCGCUCCAACAACAAGCACAGCCACAGGAACUGCAUCAGGAUUUUCAUUUGGAGCUCCAGCAGCACCAACACAAGCAGCUGCAACAAGUGCUGCCACUGGCACACCAGGUGGAUUCACAUUUGGUGGUGGAAAUGCUGGUGCUGGUACUGGGCUAUCAUUUGGGAAAACACCUGCCACUUCAGGUACCAGUGGUACUGGAUUUUCCUUUGGUGCAUCAACUACUCCAGCAACAGGUCUAGGAUCAGCACCUGGAUUUUCUCUCACACAAACUGCUGCUAUUGCAGCUCCAAAACCUAAUAUUACACCUACAGUCACACCAGGGGGAGGCUUUUCAUUUAGUGGUUCUUCGCAGCCAGCUGCCUCUCUUACAGGUUUUCAGUUAGGUGGUACAGCACCAGCUGCUACACCAGCAACUACAGCAGCAAAACCCACAGCAGCAGCUGCUCCUGGUUUCUCUUUUGGUCUUACAGGUUCAUCAACUCCAGCUUCUAGUGGUUUGUCUAUUGGUGGAGCUGCCCCUCAAAUAACAACUCCAGCUGUAACUACUGCCACUACAGGCUUUGGUAUUAAACCAGCUGCAACCACAACCGCAGCAGCAGCACCAUCUUUAGGAGGGUUUCAGCUUGGAGCAACAACAGCAGCAGCAACAACAACAGCAUCAUCAUUGACAGGUGGAUUUCAGUUAGGAACAGCCAGCACUGCUUCCACUACACCUGCAGGAAUUUCAUUAUCAACAGCUUCAAAACCAUUAACAAUAGGUGUUCCAGCAACAACAUCAGCAGUAACAGGAUUUGGUUUAACAACAUCAGCAGCUCCAUCUGGUUUUGGACUUCUUGGUGCAUCUACUGCUACAACAUGUGCUGCUGCAGG